AUGGCAAGAACAAAACAAACAGCAAGAAAAUCAACUGGUGGUAAGGCACCUCGUAAACAAUUAGCUUCUAAGGGAGCAAGGAAGUCGGCUCCAGUAACUGGUGGAGUGAAAAAGCCUCGACGUUAUCGUCCUGGGACAGUUGCAUUGCGUGAGAUUCGUCGUUUUCAACGUUCUACUGAAUUAUUGAUUAGAAAACUUCCAUUCCAACGUUUAGUUCGUGAGAUUGCACAAGAUUUUAAGACUGACUUGAGAUUUCAGUCACAAGCAGUAAUGGCUUUACAGGAAGCUGCUGAAGCUUACUUAGUUGGACUCUUUGAAGAUACGAACCUUUGUGCAAUUCAUGCUCAUCGUGUUACUAUAAUGCCAAAGGAUAUUCAAUUGGCAAGGAGAAUAAGAGGUGAAAGAUAA